AUGAAGAUCCUUAAUAAAGACCUAGUUUUUUAUAAAUAUAUAAUAAUUUAUAAAAUAUUUGCAUAUAUAAAAAUAUAGAAGGUUUAUAUAUAAAAUAUAUAAAUUAUAAAAUAAAUAUAUAUAAAAAUAUUUAUUUAUAUCUAUAUAUAUAUUUUUAUAUAUUUAUAUAUAUAUAUAUAUUUUUUUUUUUUAUAUUUUUUAUAUUUUUUUAUUUUUUUAUUUUUAGUAUUAAAUAUCUAAAAUUAAAUAUUUAAUUUGGAAAAACUUCCAUUAUAAGAGAGAGCUAUAGAAAUUAAAAAUGAAAUUUUUUCAAAAAAAAAAUAACUUUUUGAAAAAGAAAGAUUUUAAAGAAGUAUAUCUAAUAUCUAGAAUAAAUUUUAAUAAUAAAAAUCUUAAAUUUUUUCUACUCCUGGUAAAAAAAGGACAAGCUAAAUUAUAGAAAGUUGUAAAAAAAAAUCUUUUAGUCCUUUUUCUUAAAGUCCUUAUUAAAGAAAUUCAUAUAAUAUUGUCUAAAUAGUCAAUUAAAAUUCAAAAAAAAAAGAAAUUCAUCAUAAUCGUUCAUUUUAUUAAGUUAAUAAAAUUUUAAAUUUAGAAUAGAAGGAAGCCUUCGAUAAAUACUUAAAAGAUUUGGAAAACAAGUAUAUUUAUGAUGAAAAUGGCAAACUUAAAAGUAAUGUAUAAAGGAAGGAAUAUUUAGAUGGUUCAGUUUAUAUAGGAGAGACAAUUUUAAACGAAGAAAAAUAAGAAAUAAGAGAAGGUUAUGGUAUCUAUUAUUAUAAUAAUGGGGAUAAUAUGGAAAAUUAAAUGAAAUUUAUACAUGAUGUAUUCAGUGAGAUAUACGCAGGAGGUUGGAAAAAUAACGUUUUUUAAGGAAAUGGGGUUUAUUUAUUUUCUACAGGAGAAAGAUAUGAGGGAGAACUUUAAAAUGGACAAAAACAUGGAAAAGGAUAGUAUUUUUAUGUUAACUAAAAUCAUUAUUAUGGAGACUGGUUUAAUGAUUUAAAACACGGUUUUGGGGUAUUUAAUAUAUAUUUAAAUAAAGAAAAAUAUGAAGGAGAAUUUCAAAAUGGAUUAAGACAUGGAAAUGGAGAUUAUUAUUAUAAUAAUGGAGAUUUGUAUAAAGGAUAAUGGGAAUAUGGGUAAAAAUAAGGGUUUGGUGAAGUUUUUUUUUAAGAUGGAAGUUAUUUUUCUGGAGAAUGGAAGAGAAAUUAACCUAAUGGAUUCGGAAAAAUUAUUUAUAAUAAUGGAGACGCAUACGAAGGAAAUUUUGUGGGCGGGUUUAAGGAUGGGAACGGAGUUUAUUUACAUAAAUAAGCUAAUUCGAAAUUUGUUGGAUUUUUUAAAAAAGAUAUGCCUUUUGAAUUUGGAUAGUUUUUUUACGGGAACAAUGAUAAAUAUGAAGGAGAAAUAAAUGGGACUUAAAGAUAUGGAAAAGGGACUUAUACAUAUUCUAAUGGUGAAACAUAUGAAGGUGAAUGGAAAUAUGAUAAAAAAAACGGACUUGGUGUAUUUCAUUAUUAGGAUGGGUCGGUUUAUAAUGGAUAAUGGUCUUAAGGAUAAAUUAAAGGUUUAGGAACUAUGAUUUAUAGUGAUGGAUCUUAAUAUAAAGGUUAAUGGACUAAAGAUUAAAAGCAUGGAAAUGGAAUUUACAAAUGGUCAAAUGGAGCUUGGUAUAAUGGAAGUUGGAAAUAUGAUAAAAUGAAUGGGAAAGGACUAUUAGUAAAGGAUAAUUAGAGAAUUGAAGGUACAUGGAACGAAAAUAAAUUAAUUAAUAAGAUUUGA